UGAUGGAAUCUCUAUCAUUAUAUGAUCCUCAGAGUUGAAACUUCAUGAACUCUCUCUUUCUCUCGUGAAAUUAACUUAAAAAGUUUGGUUCAAAAUGUAACUUUCAGAAAGCCCGCUUGAAAACUGCCACCUUUGCUUAUUAUUGAGAAUUUGUACUAUUAGAAACAUGUGGAAGUCUCACAUUUGUAGAACUUGGAGCAGUGCCUCUAAAUCUAUAAAACAGUCUUUGGUUGCUUUUUUUCUCCAAACGAAUCUGGUCUGUCCAAUCAAAUGUGGAGAACUAAAGCCAGUGAGUUUUCUUUUUUAUAGUAGUGAUACCAGUAAAAUUUCAAUGAUGUUCCACCACCUGGCUGAUAAUGUUUUUGUCUGCUUAAGUAGCCACUAAAGUUAGUGUUUUGGUUCACUUUCCAAGUGGAAAGGGGAUUCAUGUUCUGCUGACACUGUGCUAAGUAUUUAUCCAUUAAUUACAUUGUUGAAAUGCUAUUUCAUUUCAUUGGAAGCUACUUGAGAUCCCACAAUCAUGGUUCAAGGUAGAGACACAAAUACUUAUAAACAGAAGAUUUGUCCUUUAAUGGCUAACUGCUUUUUACUGUUAGGCUUUGAUUUGUGUGUGACCACAGAAAAUAUGGAAAGCGAAUCAUUUCAUUUACAAAUUUACUUUUGAGAUUCUAAUGAGGUCAUUUCUAUUCUGUUUUAAUGUGAGAUGUGGAUAAUUAUGUUAUUUUGCCUUAGAAUAUUCUCAAGCCAUUACAUUUACAUUAUAGCUUUGCCGUUGGUUCCUUGCCCAUUUUUGGUGUCAUGUCACCUUCCACAUGACAUUUUAAAAAUCUUUUGGAAUCCUCCUUUUGGCUUGACUCACUUGGCUUACUAAUUCCAUUAGAAGACUCCACAUCACCACAAUUUUGGAAGUAAUUUGUAUUUAGCAUAUUUACUUAUUUGUAGUUAUUUACGAUUAUAACUUGGGUUUAGAGUAAUGCGUUAUAUAAAUUCUCUAACUCUAGUGACGUCGUAUGUGUAUUCAUAAAACAUUCUUUGUUUCGUUGCCAACACAUUGUUAGUGAAUCACGUAUAUCUGUGUGUUGAUUUUUUUAACGUUUUUCUGUAUUUUUUAAUUGACAAUUUCGUAACAAAUAUAUUGUAAGCUUGUAAAUUAUGUGUGAAUCGAAUGUUCUAGGUCAUUUUCAUAAAGCAAAAACUUGAAAUAGAUAAACCACUAUUCAAAUGUGUGGCUAUGAUGAUAUUCAUAUUGUUUUAGAUCAUAUUCUAUUUCUGUUCUUUUCCAUAUGUAUUUUUCACUAGGAUAUGCUUAAGACAUGCUACAAAUUUUCUCUAUUUGCAUUUUGCCAGAACAUUCUUUUGCUGUUGUUUGCAUUAUUAAGUUCAGUAGUGGAGCUUGUUUUCUUUUAAUUCUUUAGUGAAAGAAUCAACUUUCACUUCAGAAACUAGCUUUUAUUUUCUCUUGUCCAAAUGUUCUAUUAGUUUCUCUUAUCCAAAUGCAUCAUUUAUUUAAUUAAUUUUGUUGGGUUUAUGACCAAGAUAAUUUAGAUUAGGCUAGGUAUUAUGUUAUGUUGGACCAAUCAAACUUUUGCAUUUAUAGAUCCACAUUCCUUUGGAUGAGUAUCUUCUUUUGCGCAGUGCUUUCUAGCCUAAUUAGCUACACAGCAUGAAUUACAGACGACAAUUUUAUGGUGGAUUAUGCUUAUUAAUUAUUAUAGUAAGCUAGCACUAGUUUGAUCACUUUAUGCGAUGAAUAGUGGCCUAGUUUAUUAGAUUUGGUUAAAUCAACCUCUAGUUUGUCAAUUUUGUGCAAACUAAACUUCUUGCAUGAGUUUCGAUAUUCAUUUUACAUUUCAACGCUAUUAAAAGAAAAUUAAAUUAUAUAUGUUAGAAUAUAUUUACUAGUUUUUGAAUAUUUGACAAGUAUAAAUUUUGUUAUAGAAUUACCAGGCUAUAUAUCUAUAUAUUGAAUGGAUGAUAAUGGAAAGGUGAAGAGAUUAUCUUACGCUAUCUUAUCCUAAAUCUUAAACCCUAAACACUAGGAAUUCUAAACUCUAUACUCUAAAUGUCAUAGUUUGAUCCAAAAGUAAUAAAAUUUAAGACUUUGAUUUCUGUUUGAUAUUCCUUUUCUUUCAAUCAAGUAUGCCCCAAAUGGCAGCAUACUUUCUUAGCAUUGCUUAGUAGAUCAAAAGAGGUUCAGCUAUUUUUCAUUAUAAUUAGAAUAUGAUGAGCUUUGGACAUUGCUAUUUUCUUCUUCUCUCUUAAGAAAUUUAAUUAAAAUAGCAUUGAUCUUUGUGCAGUUGAUUUUGAUGAUUUUUAAGCAACCCAUUUGUAGCCAUGAAGAGACACCUUAAUUUAAAACUAUCUAAGAUGAUAAAAUUAUGUCAUGGUUGAGACUAGAUAACAGAAUGCAACAGGUGCUUAUGAGAUGUGUUUUGGUAAUGAAAUCUGUAAAAUUCAGUCUCAACCUCAUGAAAAAAUUGCCACUUUCAACUUUCAAGUAUUCUUUUACCUAUCUCUCCAUUUUUCUUUUGAAAGUUUGGUUACCAACCAUCUCUUUAAUAAAGUGGUUGGUACAUUCUUGUCCUCUAAUUUCUACCCCAUUUAAAAAGUUACAAGCUUCAUUUGAAGCUUAAUUUAUUUAAUAAAUCACCAGCCAUGUGGUUUAUUUAGUGUCACUUUUCAAGUACUUAAAAAGUCAUUCCAAACAAGUCUCAAGACAGGUAAAAAAAUAAGAACGAAAUAUUUCUACCCUUUACUUUUUAAAAUCUCAAUACAAAUACAUAAGUUACAACAUAUCAGAAAGCAAAAGUCGAAAAACGUUACUAUACGGACAUCAAAACGCCACUAAAUCGUGAAGAAGAACAAGAGGUGAAAGCAAAAAGCCAAAGGAGAGAGCAUCUUAUUCAGAAUUGUUACAGUUGCUUUGGCUGGAUUUUGGAUCUCUGCUGCUUCUUCCUUGAAUUCUAAUUCUUGUCGAUGGAGGCUGAUCGAGAGUUCAAACACUUCUGCAAGUUAUGCAACAGGAGCUUCCCUUGUGGGAGAUCUUUGGGAGGUCAUAUGAGGUCCCAUCUGAUCAACAGUCAAGCUGGAACUGGCGAAAAUCUGAAGAAGGUGAAUUUGAAAAAAGCUGGAAGGAACUCUGACAUGGAUAAGUUUCUGGGAGAUGGAACUUCUGAUGGCUAUAGUCUUAGAAAGAACCCCAGAAAAACUUGCAGGCUUGCUGAAUUCAGUGCUGAAGACAGGUUCUGUAGAGAAUGUGGUAAAAGCUUUCAGUCUUGGAAGGCCCUGUUUGGCCACAUGAAAUGUCACUCAACUGAAACUGAGAGAGUGUCUAGUAAUUUGGAGUUCGAUGGCCAAUCAGAUAGUGAAAUUGCAGCUGCAAAUCGUGGGAAGAGAUCUGGGAGACAAACAAGGUACAUGGCUGCUGAAAUUUCAUCUUCUUUUUCAUUUGCUACUGCUGCUGCUGCUGCUUCUUCAUCUGUUUCUGAUCAGAAUGAUGAAGAACAAGAAGAGGUUGCUUUGUGUUUAAUGAUGCUUUCUAGAGAUGUUGGUGGUUUUUUUUCAACCACCGAGUCUUCGGACAACAACUUUAUGCCUAAACAAGUUCCAUCUCUGGUCCCAAAAAAUCACACCUCCAAAGUUGUUGAAGCUAUUCCUUCUAUAUACAUGGGAAGUAAGAUGGUGAAACUGAAAGAAUUCCACAGCAGAAAGUUGGAGCUCAGUGAGAUGGAUUCUGGGUAUCUCAAAUUUGAAGGGUCAAACUCAGAAUUCAGUGCUUCUGCCGUCCAGAUGAACAAGAACGAGGAGAAGUUCCAGCAGGAUAACAGAUUUGGAUCAAGUUCGGACAACCCAACUGACAUUGACCAACCUCGUUUUAUUUCCAGUAAGUUCAAUUCAGAUCAGAGAAAGUUCCAUGAGCUUUAUAAUGGGGAAUUGAGGUCAAAUUCCUUUAGAAGAUCAACACCCAAUGAACUAAACUCAGAAUCAUACAGAAACAAAGGAAAGAGAAGCAAAUUCCAGUGUAAUUCUUGCAACAAGAUCUUUCACUCAUAUCAAGCACUUGGUGGGCAUAGAGCCAGCCACAAGAAAACCAAAGGAUGUUUAGCUUCAAAGACGGAAAACAGUGAAACUAGCAUCGAAACAGAGAUUUCGAACGACCCAACUUUUGAAAGUAAGUCCACAGCCACAGUGUUAGAGAUGGAAAAUCAGCAUGAAUCAGACAUUCACAUGGGUUAUGAGAAAAAGAACAUAAAGCAUCAUCAAUGCUCAAUUUGCUUCAAAAUUUUUAGUUCAGGCCAAGCUUUGGGCGGCCAUAAGAGAUCCCAUUUGAUAAGCGGGUCCGAAUCGAGAAACAAAUUGCCACAAGCCACAUCGAUUCAGAAACCAGAGGCAGAAAUAAGAGACUACCUGGAUCUGAAUCUUCCAGCGCCCAUUGAUGAAGAGGGCAGCAGCCAUUUGGGGUCUUUGGAGCCAUGGUGGGUCGGUGCUAGCCAUUCGCACGAGCAGGCAUUAGUGGGUUUGAUUUGAGUGCUUCGUUUGCUUGUGGCUUCGGGCAUUGUACAGUAUAGCCUUUACCUUUUCGCUAUGAUUCAUUGAUUCUUUACAGAUUUGGGAAUCCAAGUUAUAAUUCUUCUGAAUCAAUAUGAUGGUUUUUGUUAUAAUUUGUGAGAUUGCAAAAUUUUAGCAAUGGAAGUGGAGAUGGGUUUUUGCUCAUUGUUUGUUGGGUUUGAUUUAGAAAGCACAGUC